AAUACAUUAUAACCAUCACUGCAGAAGAUGAAUGUUAUCAACAAAAUGUGGUUUUCUCUGACUGUGCUCCUCCUGGCUGCAUCGGCCUGUCUGGCAGACGAGGCUCACGCAGAAGAAAAGAUUAAAAGCUCUGUGUCAGCCUCCAGGUUGGCAUCACUCCGUUCCAGACGAAUGGUCGGGGGGACCCUGGCUCCUCAUGUCCCCUGGCAGGCCAUGGUCUACAUCACUGACAGUAUUCUGGGCGGAGGCUAUGCAGGUGGUGCUCUCAUUUCUGACCGCUGGAUUUUGACGGCUGGCAGGAACCUGUUUGUCAGAAAGAGUCGACUGGACAUUCAGGGAAAAGAGCCUGUCAUUCCUAAAGUGUACCUGGGAAUCAUUGGACGGCCAGAAGCUAAUGCCUCCACAGAGGUUGCUGUAGAGAAGGUUGUGCUUCACCCAGAUUUCCAGAAACAAUCUGACUGGGACAACGACCUGGCACUGAUCCAGCUGAAGAAGCCUGUGGUAAUGAGUGAUAAAGUGACCCCCAUCCCUCUGCCAGAGAGAGGCCAGAACCUGGGAGACACUGUUGCUGGGUCAGGGGUCAUCGCUGGCUGGGGCUGGGGAAUUCACUUCACCCCUGCAACAUCACUCAAACACCUCAUACUCCCACUGGUCAAUCACACUGACUGUAAGGCAGAAUAUGAACUUAACCCACUCACACCAGAUGUAGGCGACAACAUGCUCUGCACUGGACCCACCAAUUAUCAGGAAAAUGUUUGUUUUGGAGAUGCAGGAGGCGCUCUGGCUGUCACAGAUGCUGAAAAUGGGGACAUCUAUGCUGCAGGGAUCCUUUCCUUUGACAAGUCCUGCAGAACAUACAAGUACGGAGUCUAUAUGAAGAUUUCCUCGUAUUUGCCCUGGAUCCACAGUGUCAUCAGAGAAGAUACAGAGAAAUCGUUUGCUUAGCGCUCUGAUGCCAUGUCUAAAAUGUACUGGCAGCCGUAGAUCUUCAGGCUCUGUUAUGUGGAUUUUGCAGAGAAAUCAUUGUAAUGUAUUGAGUCAGCGGAAUUGAUUAAAUGCUUGUAAUGUGACCACUGCUGUGUUCUCUUAUUAAAAUGUUGGAUCGGAAAUUUAAAAAA